ACGAAUCGUUAUAAAUUUCAUUCGGAACACCUCGCCGAUAACGUAGAAGGCCGGAAAGGUGCUGCCGAACAAAUUUGUGGUUUAAGCACAACAACAUAAUAGCUAAAACAUGGCCUUUGUGGGGCGUAUGGCUGUGCGAAUGUCAAAUGGCGUGUCAAGGACUUCAAACUAUAUGGGAAAGAAGUGGCCAAUUGUAAAGAAAUAUGCUGUUGUAGAACUGGCACCCCCAACACCUGCUGAAGUUGGAAAGGCAUUUGGGGAGUUUGCAAGUUUGAUUGGAAAGGCAAAAAAAGGAGGGUGGAAAGACCUCACAGUAUUUCAAGCAACACUAAACACAGUUGUAAUGUUUGAGGUGAUAUUAUGGUUUUUCGUUGGAGAGUGUAUAGGCAAGAGAUCAUAUGUUGGUUACCCAGUGAAGGUUCCUAAUGCAGUACAUAAAGAAAUCUCUUACACAUAACAUUAUAUAUAGUUCCAGUGAUCAUUAUUUAAACUAAACAUUUCAGGAAUUUUGACAGCAAGAAAUACUUUUAAAAGAUAAAAAGGGAACAGUGAAAAUUUGAUUAGUAUUGUUUUUUAUCUUAAAAAAGAAUUCUGAUGUUGAAAUUUAUUGACAUGCUUGUUUCACAGACAAAUUUAGUGAUGAUUUGAAUUCUUUUGUGUAAGUAAAUAAAUUUAAAAACAACUAG